AUGUCACAGUAUAAAUUAUUAGUUCGGUCAGCUAAACAAGUUGUCACAGUACGCAACAAUGGCGUCAAAGUGGUGUGUGGAAAAGACAUGCAAGUACUUGAUGUCAUAGAUGGGGAUGACAAUGAUGGCGUCAAUAUUCUUAUCAACAAAUCUGGAAAAAUUGAGUUUGUGGGAAAAAAAUCAAAGUUUGAAGAAAAGUAUAAAAACCUUACUGUUGAUGUGGAAAUCGACGCUACAGGAAAGUGUGUUAUUCCAGGACUAGUGGAUGCCCAUACUCAUCCGGUAUGGGCUGGUGACAGAGUACACGAGUUUGCUAUGAAGCUCGCAGGUGCGACAUACAUGGAUGUCCAUAAAGCAGGGGGUGGUAUUAACUUUACAGUCGAACACACCCGUGCUGCAUCAGAAGACCUGCUCUAUACAGGUCUGAAACAGAGAUUACUGAAUAUGAUGAGUACAGGAACCACGACAGUAGAAUGUAAGAGUGGAUAUGGAUUAGAAGUUGACACAGAGGUUAAAAUGUUAAAGGUCAUUGACAGAGCAAGCAAGGAAAUUCCAAUCACAAUAUCGUCAACAUUUCUUGGUGCACAUUCAGUUCCGAGAGGAAAAACACCAAAUGAAGCAACAAAUGAUGUUAUAUCCGUUCAGUUACCCAAGAUAGUCAAACUGAUGUCGGAUGGUCUAUUGAAAGUUGACAAUAUUGAUGUAUUUUGUGAGAAAGGAGUAUUUGAUGUUGAUCAAUCGAAAAGAAUCCUAGUGGCUGGAAAAGAUGCAGGUCUACAAAUAAAUUUUCAUGGUGAUGAACUCCAUCCAUUAGAAGGAGCUGAGAUGGGAGCAGAAUUGGGAGCAUUAGCCAUAAGUCAUCUAGAGGAAAUUUCAGAGAAAGGAAUAAAAGCAAUGGUAGAAGCUGGAAGUGUUGGCGUUGUUUUACCAACAACUGCCUACAUUCUCAGAAUAAAACCACCACCCGUGAGGUUGAUGAUAGAUUCGGGUAUGGCAGUUGCUCUUGGAUCCGACUAUAACCCUAAUGCUCACUGCUCAUCAAUGCCAAUGGUUAUGCAUUUAGCAUGUGUGUUGAUGCAUAUGUCAAUGCCAGAAGCCUUAAUAGCUGCUACCCUCAAUGCUGCUGCGGCCUUGGGAUUAUCAGAAACACAUGGCACAAUAGAAGUGGGGAAAUAUGGAGACAUGGUUGUCAUUGAUGCUUAUAGAUGGGAGCAUUUGAUAUACCAGCUGGGAUCGCAUGAUAAAUUAAUUAACUGUGUAAUAAGAAAUGGUGACAUAGUGUACCAGAAAGUGUGACAACAUCAUGGAGUUUAUAUGAUUAUUAUUUGUUUCUUUGAAAAUUACAUACAGCUGAAAUGAUGGAAAUAUGAAAAAAGAAGAUGGGUGAAUGAGAAAGUUCACGAUAAAUAAUAUUUUUGUAAAAACCAAUUGUCAAGAAAUUGGUGUAUUAUGUACAAGAUUAUUUCCAAUUAAAAAGAUG